AUGGCCACAUGGAGGAUACCGGAACUGGACGGCAUCAGCACAGUAAUUCCGAACAGAGGACGAGCUGAGUCCCCUGUCCGUGGGUCAAUAGCCCGCGCAGCUCAAUCAUCAGAGAUCCUCCGUCCCUCCCUCGCACGUACCUUUAUUCGCACCUCGCCUCCUCAUGAAGUCUUGGACAACGGCAGCAGUCGACAUCCUCGGGUUGAGCUAUCAAUCAGUCUGCCCUCUCCACUAUGUGUAGGAGGAGGUGCCGUGGAGGGACAAUUGACCAUUCAGGUUGAUGGCGGAGUUGCACGGAAACCGAAGACUAAGCCAAUGUAUAUCACGAGGGCUUGUGUGGAUGUCAUCGGCGUGGAAGAGAUAUCUGACGGUCGUCGUUGGGUUUUCCUGUCCCUCGCUACGGAAUUGUUCGACAAGGAAAAUCCACCUCCACCUUCGUUAGUCACCUCUCAGCAUCCAGAGCCUGGCCCUGAUUUGUGGUGGGAGAUGAAACCAGCGACGUCAGUCAUCCCGUUCUGCGUCAAUCUACCUCUGAAACUAGGUCCACCUCCUUAUUCCUCAAAGCAAGCUUCGAUCCGAUAUCUCCUCUGCCCUUCAAUCGUGGUCAAAACCGGAGAUAAGCGAAUUGUCAUUAGACAGACGUGGAAAGUACAAAUGCUUACGGUGCAUGACCCAGAAAAGGCACUGGCAAGCCUCCCAAGUCCUCUUCUGGCCACAGAUACACUGUAUCUGGCACGGGAGCCAGAUGUCCAGACAGUCAAGCUGACUGCGGGCCUGCAUCGCCAAACGUGGGUCAAUGGCGGCAUGAUUUUCAUUGAUGUCCACGUCGCCAACACUACGGCAAAGGCAGUCAAGAAAAUCGAGGUUCAGCUGGAGAAGUCGACGCUAUGGUACAUUCACGCCCCUGCAGGAACUGCAGAGAAAAGCGCGAACUACCUCCGCCUUCCUAAGCGAACAGACACCGACGUCGUCAGUGGAACAACUUUGAAGAGGUCGCCUGCUUGGCGUGGCGUGCCAGCGCAUUCCUCAGAUGUCCGGACUAUCGAGCUUGAAGCUCCACGCGGACAUGUCACGAUCAGCACUGGGCGCUUCUUUGAGGUCAGAUACUUCGUCAACGUCGUCCUGACGCUCAAGAUGUUCAAGACGGUUGCGGUGCAACUACCUGUUACAAUCAUACCCAUCAAUUCUUUGGAUAUCCCACCCAACUCUCUUGCGCAGGUCGCUGCUUCUAUCGAAGCUAAGAGAGCCAAAACGGUACCGGUGCCACCUAGUGGGCCCAGUCACGCUACUUUUUAUCAAGGUCAAGCUUUCGAGAUCCCUGUGCGGCGGUCCAUUGAGCGUGCAAGACAGGAGGCGUCACUCCCGUCGGUUGAUCUUCGCAAUCUCACGAACGAUGUUGACAAGUCUCCUCGCCGGUCGCAUCAUGUUCAUCGACAUUGCCGAGAUGGGCUGCUUGAUUCGACAACAGAUGAAAACAUGGCGCCAGGGCGUCAUAGCAGGGCAUUGUCCUCUCACCAUCACCUCUCCAGACAUGCAAGCUGUUAUCACUGCCAUAUUGCGCCAGAGAACAAUACCCCUGCACAGCGACAAGGCCUGCGGCUGCCCAGGCUCCAAGUUUCGACCUCCGGUCUCGGCUUCUCCGAGUCCGAUUUCGAGAUUCCUCCUGAUUCCCCUCCUCGCAAGGUCAUGCUAAGCGAGGAGGAGCGCAACAUGAUCAACCGCCAAAGGGAGCUCCAGAACCGGCAGCAACUGGUUCAACGGAAGCAGAAGAGGCCAAGCGGAGAGAUCAAGCGAGGAGACGGACGGCGGAUGUCCAAAGAUCUUCCUGGCUACAACAACGUGGUCGCGAAUCCUAAUGUUGGUCCCAAACUGUCCGAUGUCGGAAAUUUUAGUGCGGCAGCUUUAGGAUGCCGAAGUACAAGCACGAAGCUGAAGGAUCCGUGGGUUCCGCCCAAUGGGUCCGCAGUCAUGAGAUCAAGAUCGAAGACAAGCCCAGAGGGACCGAGAUAUCGACCAAGCAUCAGCAAGCCGCGGCGGAGGUCGAGCCCGGACAGACAUGUGCGCGCGCGUGGAUCGGUCGAUGCUGAUGGCCCGGCGUAUGCUCCACCUCCACGCAGAAUCAGCAAGGACGUGAGUCGCAGAGGAAGUCUGGAUCAGCUCUUCUGA